CGGAACCUGAGUUCGCAAGGGUCGUCGCACGAAUCGAGGUGUUUCGGCGGAUUUUGAAAUCUCAAACGGUUUUAUGAUGCAGGGACCGCGCUCCGAUCCGCCUGUGCCUUCGCAGGCGGGAGACCAACGGCCUCACGAUACUGCGCGGGAUGGACAGGCCGCUCAUUCUGCUCUGCAGUCAUCGGCGCCCAUUCAACGGUCUUAUGGUAGGCAACACUCCCCUAAAUCGACGGCGCGUUUAUAUAUGAUGGUGCCAUACCCCACCCCGGUCUUGGAUCUCAACUUUCUCCACUUCCUCGAUGAUGCGACUGUUCAUCAACUACUUCGAUCGCGAUUAUGCUUACGACGACUCUUCAGACUCCUGGAUCGAAGUAUCCUCGCAACCUUCUUCAUCCUCUCUUUCCUCGGUCGGCGACGAAAUCAUCACUACCGGCCUCCGAGUCCAGCACAACCACCACACCCGCCGAAGGAGACGCUUGCGCCAUUCCGAUGGCAUACAUCUGAACCUGGGUCAGCGCACUAACAAUGGUGGAGGAAGCAGCCAGGAAGAGUACGAUGGGGGCGAAAGCGAGUCGGAUAGAGUCAUGACCUCGUCAAACGAAGGUAUCCAUCCCUCUCCAUUACAAAACGAAUGGCACCCCGCUGCAUCCUCCGAUCAAUCUAUCCCAUCAUCGGAGGAGGAUGACGACGAGAAUGCGACAGCCAUCAACGCCCCCCGUGGCUCAGACUCGCGCUUCACCCCCUUCCCAAACGCAUUCUCCUACCCUCCUGCCCCUUUACGCACCGCGUCUCAGCAGGCAUCAGUGCCCCGUCCCGCCAAUAAUUCCAGCCCCUCAACAAACCGCCCAUCCCGCACCGCCCGCCACUUUUCCUACCCCAACAGCACCCGCACAGACGAACGCUCCCACUCUCCCUUCCCCUCCCUCGCCGGCUCCAGCUCCAACCACCACGCCAACCAUGACGCUGCCCUGCGCGCUAGCCUCUCGACCCUCCUCUCAUUCGGCGCCGCCGCCGCCCGCGCCCUCCCCAAAUCCCCACCCCGCGCCACCACCGGCGCGAACGUUACAGACUCUGAGAGGCAAAAUUCCCGCAUCCGUCCGGACACCCUCCGACUCGUUCCCGAAGACGAGAUCCACGGCACCGCCACGGAACCCGCACUCGAGGAACCCAAGCCCAGUUCUAGCGGGGCAGCGCCACCGCCUGCGAGACCGCGCAGUCCGGCGCAGAGGAAGCAUGCGACGCGGGUUGAGACGUCAACGCCGCGGAAGAAAGCACGGCGUAAGUCCCCGUCGCCCUCGCGGUGGGCGGGCCGAUAUAGCGGCGGCUCGAUCGACGCGGUGUCGCCGACGUUGCUAACGUGGGUGCUGUCGGCGGGGGUGCUGGUGCUGGUCAGCGCGCUGGGAUUCGGGGCGGGGUACGCAGUGGGACGGACGGAGGGGAAGGCGGAGGCGGUGAGGGAGGGGUUGAUUGGUGGGGGGGAGGUGGGCGCGAGAGCAGAUGUGGCGGGGAGGAGUUGGUUUAGGAAUGGGACGGUGAGGAGCAUGAGGGGGUGGGGGAGUGUGAAGGCGUAGUGGGAGGGUGGGGUGGUUGCCUGGAAGGGAGGCGCAUCAAUGCAUCUCCUGCACGUGAUGAUUGGAGUCUAUUAUGGAGGUCCACAGCAUCGCAUACCGGCAUUCGCCGCCGAGUGCCGUUGGAUGAGAGCGCUACUCAUCAGCAUCGGACAUGGAGCAUUUUCUAUCAUUUGGAUCGGUUGGCGUUUGGGUUGUUUCUCUUCUCCCUCAUACUGGGUGAGAUAGAUGCAUGAUGAGAUGAAGUUAUGGAAAUAUGAGCUUGGGAUGAUGGAGGCAUAUUGAUAUUAUCGAUGCCUUGGCUCGGGCAUGGCGCGGACGCUGGGGACUUUAUGGACUCGUGCCCUGAGGCCGAGGGGAUGAAAUGGGGUGGAUGGGCAGCGAGGAAAGAUGUUUAUGGGAUU